AUGGCUGCGCCUGUAUCCGAUGUGCCCAGGAUGGGCGUUGAGAUGAUGCUGGAGCGCAUCAUGGGCGCGAUGGAGAAGCAGAACCAAGAAUUGACGGAGCUGCGUAGAGAAUGCUCGGAUCUCCGAUCCUCAAACAAGAGCAUGGAGAUUAUGCUCCAGAACAUUGCUCAGCAAGGACGCAGCAACAGCCCAGGCGGCCUGUCUCCCAGCGUCGGCCGUGAGCGCGCCCGUUCGCCUUUCCUGCCUCGCCACUCCUCCACCCUGCAGACUGUUCCUUCGCAAAUCUCCAUCACGUCGCCAACUCGCGAGCUCUCACUCCAGUCAUUCCCUUACACUGAUGACCGCGAGAUCCCCGGCUUCUACGUCGUCAUCCCCGCAGGCGGUGCUGGUACCCGCCUCUGGCCCCUUUCUCGAGAGAACCACCCCAAGUUCCUCCUCGAUGUCAACCUCUGCGGCAAUAGUCUGCUGCAGUCGACCUGGGAUCGACUCCUCCCGCUGGCUGGCCCCUCGCGUAUGACUGUUGUCGCCGGACCUGCCCACUCCGAGGGCAUCCUGGGCCAGCUGCCCAACUUGGCCGCCUCCAACCUCUUCACUGAACCCGGCCCCAAGGAUUCCAUGGCCGCCAUCGGUUUGGCUGCCGCAAUCCUCGUUAAGCGCGACCCCGACGCUGUCAUUGGAUCGUUCGCCGCCGAUCAUAUGAUUUCCGGCGAGGAUGCAUUCCUGAGUGCCGUCGCCGAGGCUGUCGAGGUCGCAAAGGAGGGCUACCUCGUCACAAUCGGUAUCGCGCCGUCUCACCCUGCCACUGGCUUUGGUUACAUCCGACUGGGCGACCGCCUCAACCUCAAGUCGGCUCCCCACUCGCGCCUCGUCAGCUCCUUCAAGGAGAAGCCUGAUGCCCACACUGCUGCCAAGUACCUCGCUACUGGUCAGUACCGCUGGAAUGCGGGUAUGUUCGUCACCAAGGCCUCUCUCCUCAUGGAGCUGAUGAAGGAGAACUGCCCCUCUCUGUACGAGGGCCUGAUGAACAUCUCCGAUGUGUGGGAGGAUGAGGCCGCUCGCAAGGUCGCCUUGGAAGAGGUUUGGCCUAUGCUGGAGAAGAUUCCCAUCGACAAUGCCGUUGCUGAACCUGCGGCUGCCGAGGGCAAGGUUGCCGUGAUUCCCGCGACAUUUGGUUGGGAUGAUGUCGGUGACUUUUCUUCUCUGGCUGAGAUGCUUCCCGCCGAGUCUAACAAGCCUCGCGUGCUGGGCGACCCAAGACUUGUCGUAUCUGAGCAAACCGCUGGAGGAAUCGUCGUUCCCGUCUCCGGCCGCCUCAUCACCUGUCUCGGAGUGGACGACAUCGUCAUUGUCGAUGCCCCCGAUGCGCUCAUGGUCACCACCCGCGCACGUUCCCAGGAAGUCAAGUCGCUGGUUAAGAAGUGCCGCGAAGCUGGCUGGAAGAACCUGCUGUAA